AUGGAAAUGAAAAAUUUUACUGGAGGUGAAAACCCGCAAACAAUUAUAGGACUUUACUGCUCUGUGGAAUUUACAGGAGAGGUACAUGGCGAGCUCGUUUUUCUCUCUGUCAUCGACAUUUUUUUGUCAACUACAGCAUUUUUGGGGAAUACUCUGAUCCUAUUUGCUUUUCGCAAGGACACAUCAAUUCAUCCGUCAUCCAAACUCCUGUAUCGUAACCUUGCGAUAACUGAUCUUUGUGUUGGUAUCAUUGCGGAGCCUCUACGCGUUGCUUAUAUGAUCUCUGUGGUGAACAGAAGACGGGUCAUUUGCUACUACACAAUUUUGACAGCAUAUUUCGUAAGCGUUACUUUGUGUGGAGUGUCGUUGAUAACACUGACUGCAAUAAGCGUGGACAGACUUCUCGCUUUGCUACUGGGUCUCAGAUACAGACAAGUUGUAACUUUGAAAAGAACACGUUUAAUUGUUAUUUGUGGUUGGAUUGUGUCUGUUGUCGGUGCAUCUACCUCCUUUCUUAAUCGUCUUAUACUUUCAUUGUACGCAUAUAUAGGUGCAGCUUUUUGUUUACUCACUACAAUCUGUGCCUACACAAAAAUCUUCAUGUCUCUGCGUCAUAACCAAAUUCAUGGUCAGAACCAUGUUGUUCAAGGGCAAUCGAGCCAAGUAAAUACACUGAAUAAAGCUCGAUACAGAAAGGCAGUGUACAGUGCACUGUGGGUGCAGGUAACAUUGCUUAUUUGUUAUCUGCCGUUCGUUAUAGCUGAAGCUUUAACACCUCAAAGGGGAAUGCAGUUAUCUACUUACCUUGCUAGGGGAUUUACAAUUACUUUAGUGUCUUUAAACUCGUCGUUAAACCCGUUUCUGUGCUGCUGGAAGAUCACAGAAGUGAGACAAGCUGUGAAAGAAACAUUACAACAACUACACUUCUGUACCUGAACUAAGACUUAGACUAAGAACAAUUACUAACGAACUUGAUAAGAAAAUAUGUGUAAGAAAACCAGACAAAUGUCGUAAUCCGAAUUGCACCUCUAAGAUUGUUUUCUGUUUCAUUGCAGAUUGUAAAGACACAAACAAAAUCAUUUGUUUAUGUUAAAAAGUUUUAUAAUCAUAAAACAAAAUGAAAAUAUCACUAAAACUAGUCACAGUUAGCUAAUUAGUUCUCUUCCAACGAAGACUACGAAGCAGGGACAUAUUCUUAAAGAGAACAGCUCACUUGCUGCAACAUCACACCGACAGUGACUAAUGUUUUUUAAAGUGACUCGACUCAGUUUUUUUGAGGGGCUACCAUCCUACUUUGAAGCUCUCUGGUAUCCCCACCUUUUCUUUUAUCGUAAGUCUAACACAUAGAAUGGAUAAUAUAUAGACCAAUCUACAAUAUAACACAAAUUUUUUGGCGAUCGGAGUAAAUGUCACGUGAUUAUAAUGCCACGCCCCUUUGAGGUCUGAGUCGCAAAUCUGCUGUUGCCGGCAUUUUUUCGUGAAAAUCUCUCGGCUACAUAUAGUGCGCAUAAGUGCCAUGCGUUGAACAAAGUUUCACCAAAAUCGCAAAGAUCCAAUGCGAGAAAUUCAGCGGUUUCCAAAUUUAGGUCAUAAUUUAUGCAAAAAUGAUAAGCAAACUUUACACAAUUAUAUCUAGUUAGUUUCUUCAUCGCCUUCGUUUACAAAUAAACACAGUUUAAAAUGUUGAAGGCCAAAGUCAACAUCCAAGUCCUCAAGGUUGACAGGCCCCUUAUAACUUUAUUUAAACCUUUUUUCCGAGGUAAAGAGAUUUAGAGCUCCGAAAUGAGCAUUUUCUUUAAAAAUUUUGGUCCGUAUAGCAAGUUACGGACCGCAAAUUGACCAAUCGCAUGGCGAAAACAGACUCAGCCAUGUAAUAAAUGUAGAAUAGUCAGACUAAACUUAAACUGGUAAAAGAUUGUAGUUCAAUCGUUACAGUUUACAAAUCUAAAGUGAAACUUUCGAAUGAUCGGGUCUAGGCGAUAAUGCAGUGUAAUUUCAAACAAUCUUCCACAAUCAAAGGCAAUACUAUGAGGCAAAAAUCGAGACCUUGCAAAUCUACGACAUCAAGGAAACAUCAAUGAAGACGUCAGUAUGAAAAAUAAAUACACAUUUCCCAAACUAGAGAACUUCGAAAAUAAAUAAACCAGUUCAAUUUGUAGACUAGUAGUUUCCAUUGACCGAUGAAGUGCUGCAAGUAGAGUGCGCGACAGCCAAGUACAAAGCUACCCUUAUAAACACAUCCAUGACACAUACGUAACUUUAGACGAGUAAUUGAAGUUGCUUCUAGUAGUUGAAGGUCAAAUCAUUGAUAUCUCAAGUAUUUAUAAAGUGAAUCUAUCUAAAGCGCAAUGUAUCAAUUAAAUACAUACAACAAAGUGAAUCUGUAAUAUCGACCAUAGAGUUCCAGUAAUUGCGUCAACAUUCUGAGAAACGUGAUGCCUCAAUACACCACGAAACAUGAUUUCUUUCAUGUCCUACUUUAUCGACGGUCGAGUAUUCCUCAGGGUAUUUGCUUUUUAAUACGCGUGUAUGAAUACACGAAAAUCAAGGGCCUUGAUUCAGGGAAAAUUACGUCAUUGCCAAAAAGCCAGAACGUGAUCAACUACCCGCAUCACCUCAAUCAUCGCCGUAAGUAAACCACAUGCUCAUCACGAGUCUCACUAAAAUUUGUAUACAAUGAAAGUCGUCACGAUUCUUCUGCCCAGUUUCCACGUUCUCCGCUAGGAACGCCUGGGAUCCCAACCUCCCUUUUGUGUCCUAUAUACAAAGAAGAACAUGGCUUGCAGAUUAUGGCUCUCGGUGCUACGUGAGUGAUAAGAGAGCCACCUUAAGGCAAUGCUUUAUGUACAAUAAAUUAUUACAAGAACUUAUAAAAUAUACUUGUUUGAUAGUGGUUUAAACGUAGUGCGCAAGUGGAGGUGGGGGUGGGAGCUGUUUGAAACAACAGGUUUGACCGGAUAACCCAACUUUGUAGUUAAUAAGGCCUGUUUAGGAGGCUUGAACAACAACUUACUCGAAGGGCAAGCGAUUUUUGAAUUCUCUUCUCGCCCUGAUUUUUUGUUUUAACAAUUCUGCUGUUUUUGAUUGAAACAACGUGAUCAUUUCAGUUUCACAUGUUAGUGCGAGUUUCCAAACAUAUCCCUUUGAGGGUGUCUUCAGACGACCAAACUUCGCCUUUGAGUCAAGAAAGUGAGUAGUACUAUGUAACUCUCGUUUAUUCGUCAGUUUCUGUCGUGCACGUGGGCACAUUGACCCACAAGGGUACCACGCAUGUCCCUGGUUUGCAUGAAAGGUGUUUUUAACUUUCGUACACUGUAAUUCAAGCUUUCCUUUUUCAGCGUUUCUGCAUAAACUCUUUAAAAAUGUCUUGAAAUUUUAAGGUAGGGUCCUUGAAAGUCAUUUUAUUUUGUGACAUAAAAGGAGUAAGAGCCCUGAAACUGUAAUUAAAGGGGUCAUGCAACGGGAUUUCGCUGUUUUGGGUUAAAGGAGCUGUGUCACGAAAUUCAGCCAAAUUAGGAAAUUACAAAAUGCCUGUUAAAUUAAGAGAAACAUAAAAAUAACCGCUUUUAACUUUAAAGGAAGGUUAAAGUAACAUAACGGAAACAACAAAUGCCACGGAUGGGCAAAACUGGAGAAGAUUGAAACGGAUUGAAAACUGUUCAGCCUAACAGUUUUUCAAAGUUGAUCCUUGCUGCUAGCAACUUCAAAAAUAAUGCUCAGGAGACAUAUUUGUUUGUCUCGGGUCUCUGAUUUUGUCAUUUACAUGUUAUUUCUUUGCUUACUUUAAGUUCCAUAGCGAUUGAGGACGAGUAAUUGGCAAAAUUAAACAAAACGAACUGGACUGCCGUGGCACAGCCCCUUUAGUUCUUUACUUAGUUAUUACUUGGUGCCUUAACCCAUACACAAAACCUCUUCGUACCGCGAACAGUGCACAACCUUUGGCUUCUAACGCGGUUUUGUUAAAUACCAGCUCAACUCUGAAUUAAUAACUGGUUCAUAUGCUUGGCUCGGUGAAUGAAUGAGAAAGGUAUUAUUUUUGUAAUAUGGCGAGCUUUGGUAACAGGUAACAAAUAUCACCUUGGGUUUACAGUUUAACCUCUCCCUACGGACACCUCUCAGUUACGAACGGUUCGUUUGGUUCCAGAAAUGCCAAAAAUCGUACAUUCAUUACCUCUAUAAUACGGACACCUCUGCAAAGGGGACACUUGGUUCUGUCCCUUUGGUGUCUGUAUUAAAGAGGUUUGACAGUAUUACUUUAAAACAUUCAUUGGUUCACUUUGUGGUUCAUUCAACUUAUUUCUUCUAUGUUCCCACCAAUGGCGUAGCUCCACCGUUCGAUAUGUAAACCACGCACAAUCCCUUGAUUCGCUGUGACGAAGAAUUACGCUUAGCCUACGAAAAAUACCGCCAUCUCUCCUUGUUCCCCUUAACCCUUUAAACCCCAAGAUCUACAUACAGAUUCUCCACACUGAUCUCCAUACAUUUCUUUUAAGAAUAGUGGAGAGAAUUUGGUUGAAGAUCAAAGUAUUCUUCCUUUGGUAAUCAAUUUAGUUAUUCUCAUAACCUUUACUCUUGAUGAUCUGCCGAUAUUGUUAGGAGAAAAUUGAUGUUGGUCACUCUUGGGACCUAAAAGCUUAAAAAAAAAAAAACGUCCCUAGGAGAGACGGUCGUAUUCGCAGGCUAGCUAAGCUCGAAAUGUCAGCUUUUGAAUCUUUUUUUUUUUCGGUGAUAAACUGAUUUUAUUAGCUCAGUUAAUAAAAUCAAAUUUUGUGUUUGACUCCCUACCGACAUCGCGCCACAGUUUCUUUUGAUGCAACUAAGGGCGCGUUCCGCUGGGAUGACCCUGAAGAGGUUCAGUAAUCGGAUCGAUCGGAUUAUAGUACAUCAAAGGAGACGAUAAAUUUAUCCUUUUGAAAGACUUCGUUUGAUUUACCAUGAUCCGGGUGAUCUCGGAUCACUGAUUCUGAUCCGAAUCAUCCCAAAGGAACGCACCCUAAACCCUUCCUGACAAUAUUUGGGCGCCAGUUUCUCGGCCAAUCAAAAUUGAGUUUAAAACCGGUCGUGACUUGCUGGUAUGCUUUUUCCCGCGCUUUUCGCCGGUGACACGUCCCUGGUUUAAUACCUGAUUGCUUCAUUUGAUUAUCUUCUGUAACUGUGAUUGGCCAGACAUAUUUCAGUCGAAGCGUCCCUAAAACCGACACCCGCGGGCCUACGGUAAUGUUCUAUUGAAUGAAGAAUUCAAGCGGCUGUAAGUGGAGUGGCCGUAAAGCGAUUAGUUUCAACUGCAGUCUGGUUUUGAUUUUAAGAUAUUCGGCUGAAAAAUGCUCUGUCUUCCUGGCUUUGUUCUUGUUGUUGCUGAAUACGUUUUGACGAAAUGAAUGUUGCUGUGAUUUGCAGUUUUCAAUGGAGAAUUAUCGCGGUUUGAUACAGGACAUGAGUCCACAGGACCGAGAGGUUAGUCGGCGAAAGCGGUUUUCUUUGUUGUUGUGACGAAUAAUAAUAUUUGUGUGUGUAAAGAAAUGGUGACAAAUGAAAUUACAAGAAUUUUGACAAAAUGCAGGUGUAUCACCUUUUUAUGUCAUGGGUGACAAUAACGCUUAUCGUGAGUUUUCACUUGUUCGUAUCGAAACCUCCAAGUACUGAAAAGUUGAAAACAUACAUUAAAUAUUCAAAAUUUUCAGAAUUUUUUACUAAAAUACCCGCUAGAAUCCUUGUUGAUAAAAUUUGUUCUCUUUGGUGUGUUUAGGUACUCCUUAUUGUCUUUAAAUGCUCUGACAUCUUCAUUCGUGCUAUCUUUAAACCUUCACGCCAUCUGGUACAAACGUAACAUUGUCUUAGCAAUUUUGCCGUAAUUUUACAUGUGGAUUCAACGCUGAAAUUUUGCGCAAGAAUUCAGGAGCAAUUUGUCACCCAUGAUUUUAUUUUCACUAUCAUACGCUUGUUCCCUUUUCAGAUUUUUAAUUUUGACGUGGAAAAAAUUGAGUGGAAAAACUAUCUUAAGCGGUUUACCAUCGGCCUUAAGACAUUUUUGUUGAAAGAAGAUCUGGCUAAUCUUCCAGUGGCACAUAGUCGGAUCCGCAAGUAAGUGGUCAAAUAACUGUUACCUUUCGUUUUGCGAGCGAGUGGUUCCAGAAAGUAUGCAUUCAUUCUUACUUUCUGCAUAGGGCCAGUAAAGGUGGAUUUCCACCGUCGCGUAAUUUUUACAUGCGUACAUGUUACGCGCGUAAAUAAAAUAGAGGCAAUGUACGGAAUGUCCCGCGUAAACGUAAGAGUUGAACUUCGUUCAAGUUUACACUCGGUUUUUCAUACAUUGCCUCUAUUUUAUUUACGCACGUAAAAUUACGCGACAGUGGAAAUCCCCUCUUAUUCUGGAUAUAGCGCGUACUCUUAACGGCUUAUCUGAUCACGACUGUCAUUAAAUCCAGAAACAUUCGUCCCCUUUGCUGGCUAAACGAUAGUGACGUGAGAUGUUACUUACAUGAUUUAUCUGACAAAAAACGUGAUCUAAUCUGUUCAUAAAGUCAAGAACUGCUUCUAUGAGCAAAGAGCACUCUUUUACUGAAGCAUUUUUCCUAUGUUGUUUUCCAGACUGCGUAACAUUCGUUGGAUGAUGUACUUUUGUUUGUUUCUGUUCGUUUCGUGGCUCAUAAUUAAAAGGUUCCCAGUCGCACAGACCGCUCUGACCCACUGCUUAUCUGGUGUCCACAAGCUGGCCCGGGCCCUGGAGCCAUUCAAGCUGUCUAACUAGAAGCCGUGACUUUUGAGGUCUUCCUAGGGAUGGGCUCCAAAAGGUCCGGUGUGGUAUUACACACGAAACUAUUUUGUGUAAGUAAUGAAAACAGAGAUAAAUUUCGUGGCACAUUAUCAAGGAGUUCCCAGCUGUACAGACCGUUUGGUUCCGGUGCAUAUUUGUUGUGCCUAGGCUGGCCCUGGUCCUUGAGCCGUUAAUGGUGUCCAACUAGAGGCCAUUCGCCACGAACUAUCAAGGUCCUUUCAGGGGUGAAAAGAGUGAUAUUGGUCAGAAUUUGAAAAACAGUAAUCAUAAAUUACUUUAGAAAGUUAAUUAAGAAAACUAUCAGCAAAUCUCAUGAUGAAUAAGAAAUGAAAAGUAGGUUUAGGUUGAUCAGUUAUAGUCGUUUGUCAGAUUGUUUAUUUAUCGUUGUAAAAACACUAAAAUCAUUCAUACCAAGAGAUCAUAAUUGGACCAAUCAUAAUCUGUUGUUUAUACUCUGAACAUGGAAGCAUGCUUAUGAUGAUUGCCCUUAGAAUACAAGGAUAAUUUAGCUUGAAAAGUAGGGAUAACAAAGAAAAUCAGGUUACUGUAUGUCUUGACAUUGAACAUUUGGGAAGUUUGCAGUGGUGCACUCGCAACAUUUAAAUCGAUAUUUUUUAUAACUGAAUGAAAAGAAACAUGUUUUAAUCAUAAAAAAUGAAUAAUUAUUAAGUGAUAUGUCCUUGGGAUUUCCUUACUAGUUAGAAAAUUGAAAAAAAUAGCAGAUUAAGGGAACGAAAAGGUAAAGAACGUGUCCUCCUUCCUUUCACACACCCUUCGCGCGGCGCUGUUUGCUAAGUUCCGUCCAUUUCUUUAUUUGCUUAUUGCAAACUUUCAUGACUGGUUCUCCGCUUAUUUGCCCGUCUAUUUUAACUCUUGGCCCUUUAGGUAAACAGCAUGUAACUUAAAAUAUCUCUUCUUAAUGUAAUGUAAAGGUUAUGAGGACAAAGGAUGAUAUCCAAAGUAAAAAAGGUCUUGGUCGUUAAAAAAAAAGAAAUAGAAAAAUUUCCGUAGAAAGUUUAUUGAACACGGUUUGCAGUAAGUGCAUGCCGCGAUAAGUGUUUAUACGAUUACGGGGGAAUUAACGUUAGUUUAAUCUUUUUUGAAAUGUUUUGUAUGUCUUUAGUUUAUACGAUAUCCUUUUACCCACCGUACUGUUAUUCCGCAUUAUAUGAUCAGAUCAUUUCAUAAGAUAGUAACUUUAAUAUAUAAACACCAAAAAAGUAGACCGUGCUGCAUAGAAGAAAAUUUCUUGUAAGAAGACAGAAUUGCGGUCAUCAUUGUUUAAGAUUAGGUUAACAAAUAAUAAACAUGUAAAUGGCAGAAUUGUAAUUCUGGUGAGUGAAUGAUGGUUUUGGGUUGAUGUUUGUUUGUUUUUUCGUUUGGUCUGUUUGUUUGUGUGUUUGUUUUUUUUAUCAGAUUGCUCGCUUUUGUUAUAGACGCGCACUUCCUCGGAGGAUACCGAAAAUACGAAAAUAGCCAAACAAGGAUUAAUUAGGCUUACCACGGGUAGCCCGAGCUCGAAAUAUGAGCAUCGGCGAGCAUUGGCAUUGUUGCAUAGCAUUCUGUAUAAGGAAAUAUAUGGGGAAAAAACCUAUCGUUUCUGUAGCCUACGAAGAUGAAAGCAUUUCAACAAAAAACAGCGUACCUUACAUAAAAUGUGUGUUACAUCUCUCCUGUCUAGUCCAUGGGCCAAUUAAUGUCCGUUUUAGGGGUUGCACUGUAAGCGGAUUUCUCUGUAUAUUUAUAAACCGUUUACAGUACAACCUAUAAAUCGGCCCAUGGACUACACAGGAGAGAUGAAACACAUUUUAUGUAAGGUAAGCUGUCUUUUAUUGAAACCCUUUCGUUUUCGUAGGUUUCAGAAACGAUAGGUUUUUCUCCAUACAAACCCUUAUAUUUAGAAUGUUAUGCAACAAUGCCGAUGCUUGGGCUACCUGUUAGUCUGCUACACAGCCGUUUUUAGAGUCGUCACGCAACGCUCCUCCCCAUUGUGGGGAGGAGCGUUGCGUGACGACACUAAAAACGGCUGUGUAGCAGACUAGCAACCUGUGGGCUUAGAAAAAACAAUUACAGGGCUUUCAUUUGCAGAAUAGGCGAUUUUAAGGCUUAAAAACAGAUACAAAUGCGUCGGUUCUACGCAGAUAUUGCAAGUGAGUGCACCCUAUAUAGUCUGACCCCUGUCACUCUCUUCAGUACUAUGGAGAGACUGACAGGGGUCACACAAAAACAGCCAAAAAAACCGACUACAUCGAUGAAUUCACACCAAAAAAAACACAGAAAGACAUCAAAGUUAAGUCUCCUUUAUUUAUUUUAUAGCAAAAAGUGAAAACACUGAUAUUUGGCCUUCGCAGACCUCAGUAUUUUAUUUCUCAUACAAAGUCUCAACGGUCGCUUAAAACGCGACACCGACUCCCUUGAAAGAAAGUUAAAUUUGCAUAACGCACUCAUAACGUGAGCUUGGGAUGCCUGUGAUGAAUCCUUGUCUAGGAUAGAUUCAUCGGUUCAUUUAGAAAAGUUAUGGUGGGGGGUGGGGAAUUUUUGAGCCACAGGAAUUUUUUUUCGUUAUCAAAUUCCUUGUGUAAAUUGUUUUUAGGCCGUGGCAUGAAUAUCUUUUAGGGUUAAUUUUCGUGCAUGAAUUUUUUUUCCUUUAAUUUUGCCUUGCGCGACUAUUUUUUUUUGUACUUCGCCCGCCCACACCCCCGUUGUAAGUUUUCUAAUGGUCCGUCCCUUAAUCUACCAUUAUCCGAGUGAUCUCGGAUCUCUGAUCCUGUUGCGGAUCAUCCCCUGGGAUCAUCCCAAAGGAACGCACCCCAAGUAAGUCUAAUUAAUUACUACUUGCCUUUUUCCUGUCUUCCUUUUAGCAUUUUUUUCCGUAACAAUGUUAUUGCAAUUAGGUGUAAGUCCUGGUGCUCUUUCUAUUAUUUGAAAAUAAGAAUUCAUUCGCAUGAGUAUGAACUGGUUUUUAUAUGUUGCGCUGCGCACAAGGCAUCCCUUUAAAAAGAGGGUUUAGCAUGCUCUGAAACUGUUUCAGUUUCAGUUUAGUUUCAAUCUAUUUUUUUUUGCCAGAAAAAAAUACAUCUGCAUACAGACAUUCAAUAUAUUACAAAAAUGUUAUUUAAAGAUUAAAUAGACGUAAAUUGCAAGUAAAAGAAUUUUUAAAAAAUGUUCUGGCGAGGAAGCUCAAAUGGAAACCUUGGGGCUUAUUAUAUGAGCUCCCUCCCUAACCUAAGACUAAACAGAAUGAAUAAAUAAACGGCAAAGUCAACUCAUACUGAAAUAUAAUUAGGAUAAAAAGGAAGCAAAACAAAACGGAAAAAAACAGACAAAAAGCAGCAAAAAACAAGUAUUAUUUACAAAUGGUUAAUCAACUGAGAAGAAAUGCUUUUAAUCUGGAUUUAAAAAGAGAGAGAGUGGCAGCAAAAACGAACGUAAAGCAUUUUUUCUCUUUAAUUCUCAUCUCGUAAGUAUAUGGUACAAACUGACCCAGACAUAAUUUAGCCCAUUUUUUGAACAUGUGUAUAACUGUUAAGACUUCCUGGCUGCGAUGAGACAUUGAUAGUACAUUAAUAAAAAACCUUUUUUAACCAAUUUGAAUCUUUGUUUAACAGAUGUAUCGAUCAAGACUCAGUUAAUAAACUUUGUAUCACUGAUCAUGACAGUUAAGCUCAUUUUCUGAAAACCAGACAAUUGUGCUAUUUGUUUUGCCAAUUGCAGGGCAGCAAAAAGAUUGCCAAUAGCUCUGUCGUCUAAUAAAAUAAAAAUACAGCCCACAUAUCUAAUUGGUUUUUGACAUGAUGCAGCUAUCACAUGAGGAAAACAGGUACAUUAAAAAAAGGUUCGCUUGAACGUAGUUGCUUCGGAGAAAAGUCAUGGUAAUGACAAACUACCAAGCAAUUAGAAAACUGUAUUGUUCUGCAAAAUUCACUGGAGAGUCGAGGAGAGGUACAUGGCGAGUUAAUUUUUCUCUAAGACAAAAGAGGAUAGCUAAAUAUGAUGGUGAAUGAUGGUGCAAGUUCUAUGUUAAUACUCUGGGUUCACUAUACUCAAUCGAAACGAGCGUCACCCUGGCGUUUUUAAUUUUAAAUAUUUUACCUUUCAUAUAACAGAUCCGAAUUGGACGCGCCGGGAGAUGAUGUGAACGAGGGAAAUAAAUUUAAAAAGCAAUUUAAAUGAAGGUAUAAUCUUGACGUAGUAAAAUAGCAAUUUAAGCAAUUGCAAAUAAACCGUCCAAAAUGUUAAUAAAAGUUAUAGCCCACACAGUUUGACAUGUUUGGGGAUAUACUCGGUUAAGACUUCCUCUUCUAAAGAAAAUGUGGCCAAUUUAGUGCUGGUAUCCAUGUGAACGUCAGUCAAAGUUGAAGAAAAACGGCACAAGCAAUUUGAAGCUACAAAAUACAGAACCACUUUAAUAUAAGCCCCACCAGUAACAGGCUCGCCAAUAUAUUCUCCCCUCUAACUUGCAUUGAAAUGAAUUUGAUUUAUUAUGAUAUUUUGAAGCUUUUACCAUAACAUAACAUAACUCUAUUAUUUAUAUAGCGCAAAAUACAUUGGUAUAUGAUCUAAUGCGCUUUACAUUACAAUGAUUAUAAUACUACAAUGAAAUGGAUAAAAAACUACAGCUUUCCUAAAUAGUUAAUAAAUGGAUACUAGAUAAAAAUAUUAUAUAUGCGUGCAAAAAAUCUAUGUUAAAAUAUUAUAGGUUAUAAGCUAAAAGCUAAUUUAAAAUAAUGAGUUUUUAACCGUGCCAGUAACUGCAAAACAUAUUUAAAUCAGCACUGCGUUAGCUUGAAUUGUUUCGAACAGCUUUAACCAUUUCCGUUAUAAUCCCCUGAAAAGAUGUAUAAUCCCAGGGCUUUUAAGCGGCAGUUUACGGCACCGCAUAUCAUAUGUUUGGCUCAAAAACUUAUAACACCUCCGUUGAGCAAAAUUUUCUCGUUCUUGCUCUCACGAUGUUUACUAAAACUGCUGAUUGCUCUCGAUUAAUCGUCGAAUUCAGUUCUUUUUUUCAUGAUUUUUAUAUGAUAAAAACAGGUUACAUUCUAGUUUCCUAAACUCGAUCGAACGUUUUAUUUUGUUUAAUUCCCACCUCGUAAAUGGCCCAGACUUUCGAGCCCUUUUUUUGAACAUUUAUACAUUGUUACUGAGACCUCACAGCUGCCUGCGAUGACAUUAUGAGCAGGUCAGUUUAACUUCUAGCAAUUGACGAAAACCGUUUUUUACUCAAUUUGAAUAUAUGUUUAACAGAAAUAUCGAUCAAGACUUGGUUAAUAGACUUUUUAUUACUAACAGUUUAACUCGUUUUCUAAGAGCCAGGCAAUUGUGCUAUUUGCUCGCUAAUCGCACCGCAACACAAAGGCAACACCAAGAUUGUCGAAUUCUAUCGUUUAAUAAACUGAAAAUACAGAGCAAAUAUUUAAUUGUUUGCUGGCAAGGUGCAUGUAGCAGUCAUAUAAGGAGGACAGAUAUAUUAAAAAAGAGUUCAGUUGACUGAAGCCGCAUCGCAGAAAAGUCAUGGAAAUGAAAAAUUUGACUGGAGGUGAAAACCCGCAAACAAUUGCAGAACUUUACUGCUCUGAGGAAUUUACUGGAGAGGUACAUGGCGAGCUCGUUUUUCUCUCUGUCAUUAACACUUUUUUGUCCAUUACAGCAUUUUUGGGGAAUACUCUGAUCCUAUUUGCCCUUCGCAAGGACACAUCAAUUCAUCCGCCAUCCAAACUCCUGUAUCGUAACCUUGCGAUAACUGAUCUUUGUGUUGGUAUCAUUGCGGAGCCUCUACUGGUUGCUUAUAUGAUCUCUGUGGUGAACAGAAGACGGGUCAUUUGCUAUUACACAAUUUGGACAGCAUCUUUCGCAGGUGCUACUUUGUGUUCAGUGUCGUUGAUAACACUGACUGCAAUAAGCGUGGACAGACUUCUCGCUUUGCUACUGGGUCUCAGAUACAGACAAGUUGUAACUUUGAAAAGAACACGUUUAGUUGCUAUUGGUGGUUGGAUUGUGUCUGUUGUCGGUGCAUCUACAUUAUUUCUGAAUCUUCUUAUUUUUUCAUUGUACCAAUAUAUUGUUAUAGCUUUUUGUUUAGUCACUACAAUCUUUGCCUACACAAAAAUCUUCAUGUCUCUGCGUCAUAACCAAAUUCAUGUUCAGAACCAUGUCGUUCAAGGACAAUCGAGCCAAGUAAAUACACUGAAUAUAGCUCGAUACAGAAAGGCAGUAUACGGUGCACUGUGGGUGCAGGUAACAUUGGUUAUUUGUUAUCUGCCGUACGGUAUAGCUGGAGCUGUAAAACCUCAAAGGGGGAUGCCUUUAUCUACUUACCUUGCCAGGGUAUUUACACUUACUUUAGUGUAUUUGAACUCGUCGUUAAACCCCUUGCUGUACUGCUGGAAGAUCACAGAAGUGAGACAAGCUGUAAAAGAAACAUUACAACAACUACACUUCUGUACCUGAACUAAGACUUCGGCUAAGAACAUUUACUAACGAACUUGAUAAGAAAAUAUGUAUAAGAAAACCAGACAAAUGUCCUAGUCCGAAUUGCACCUUUAAGAUAUUUUUCUGUUUCAUUGCAGAUUGUAAAGACACAAACAAAAUCAUUUGUUUAUGUUAAAAAGUUUAAUAAUCAUAAAACAAAAUGAAAAUAUCACUAAAACUAGUCAGUUAGCUAAUUAGUUCUCUAGCAAUGAAGACUACGAGGUAGGGACAUAUUCUUAAAGUAAACAGCUCACUUGCUCGCAACAUCACACCGACAAAUUCUUUUGACUAAUGUUUUUUAAAGCCAAAAGACAAUCAGAAUUAUCAGAGAGCUUUACUGUUCUGCGGAAGUUGCUGAAGAGGUACAUGGCGAAGUUAUCUUGAAAAUACACUGCAUAAAUAACAGCUGUUGAUAACCAUAAAAGGCACUAUGUUCAUAGUAUAAUCAAGUUUAACAAACGUCAUAAGUUCAGUUUGGUAAAACUAAUCAGGGCGCAAAAAUAUUACUUUUCCGAAUGCUUUUUCAAAAUCGAACAAUAUUUAUUGUGGGAUAAUGAGGGCCGGUACAUGAUGUAAGUUAAAUUUGAUGGCCAAUAAAUACACAUUAACAUUGUUCUGUUGCGUAACACAGGUCAUUUUAAUAAAAGCUUGCGAGCAUACGAAGGCUUUUGUUUUAGAUAUAAUGAAAAGUGAACUAUUAUACUUCUGGUUUGCAUGUGACGUCACACAGCGGCAUCUAGGUCGUCAAGAACAAAAGCAUGUCUCUUCCCUGGGAAGUAUAUCCUCUAUUUUCAUGUAAGCUCUUCGAGAAAACAAUUCUUUUUUACUGGCCCCCAACAUGGUCGCCUUGUCACGUGGUUGCAAACUAAGAAUACCCGCAUGGUAACGUGAUAUCAAUGGAAAAGGGGCUAUCACCAGUCCCCCUCGGGGGAUUGCUCAGAUGACUAACUGUUACCUACUGCUGUUAUUUGCCAUCGUAUCAAUUGUUUUAUCCAAAAUAAAGUCUGCUGUGCGGUCGAAUUAUAGCAGGAAUUAGUAGCAAAAGCGAAGUACUUUCUCAGCUAAGAGCUAAAGAAGACUCAUAUACAGUGCUUAAAGGAUGGAACAUCACCAUAUGGCCCUAGGGCACGAAACCCCUUCUUUUACAAAAAUGGGCCUUGGGUUCAUAUAACAGUUGAGUACGCCACCAGCACUGCUAACUUUUGUCCCCUCUCACUUUCAAAUUCGUUCUUACGGGCCCGCAUGACAACUGAAGACAGCAUAUCUCGGAAAAAAAGCGGCCAGAAAACUGCUUCGAUUUGAAAGUUUGGCUGAGCUUGGUAAUUUGAAUUGCGCGUCACACAGAAAAACAGGAACACGUUGAUUUGGCCAAUUGAUUGUUUGGUGAAUCAUAAUAAAAACUUAUCUUCUCGGAGAAAUGGUAGUCUUUCGUUGUUUUCACUUUAUUUGUAAUUAAACUUUAAUUUGAAUAAUUAUUAUAGGUAAGUGCAUCAAUCUUUAGCCAUCGGUAGCGGUUCCGGCAAACUGAGAAAGUUUUACCUCGAAUUAUGGAUUGCUUUACCACCCUACGUAAUUCAGUUUACUUUAACAAAGAGAAGAAGAAGAACAACAGUCAACAAGCUGUAAACUAAUCGAACAACAGAUAGAGGUGCUAUGUACAAGUUGCUGUUUUGGGGGAAAGUAUAUAUACACUGUAUAUAUAUAAUAUAUACGAUAUAUAUAUAUAGUUUUACCUGGAUUUUUGAACUUGGUUUAGCAAAAAAAAUCAACUCACUCUACUACUUGGCAAUUUAAAACAAUGAAAAAUCAUUAAAAGGCCGAUUAAAAGCCUUUAUCUGACGCCAGGCAGUAAGUCAGUAGUGGUCCCUAGAAGUAUUUCAACGAGUCACAAUUUUAAUGAUGUCAAGUGAUUUCUGCACCGUUCUUUGAAGUUUAAUAGUCGGUUGCAGGCAAUUACCUUCAAGAGGGCAUUCCGGUUUCUUGACGGUAAUUGCCUCAGACAAAACGUGAUUUACCAAGCGACUGUAACGACUGGAACAACAACAGAAUCAUACAUUGGACUCAGUAGCCACUAACUUCAAAGAACAGUACAGAAAUCACUUGACAUCCUUCCGACACGCAAACAGAAGAAACGAGACGGAACUGUUCAAACGGGUGUGGACUCUCAAAGAUGCCUACAGAUACUUUCACGUGCAGGGGAAAGUACUCAGGAAUUGUAAACCAUAUGACAAGGCUAGCAAAAAAUGUAAUCUGUGCCUCGAAGAAAAAAUUUUUAUCAUUUGUGAAAAACACUUAUGUACUCUGAACAAAAGAAACGAAUUAGCAAGUUCAUGCCCAUACAGAAAUAGAUUCACUCUCAGAAAUUUUAGAAUAACGUAACGCAACGCAACGAAACCGCACGGAUCCCGAAAAACCCAUUGAGGAACCUCUAUACCUCCGUGUCGACUUUGUGUCUAUUUACAAACGUUUUAAUCACUCUCCGUCUGCCUCUUUACCAGCCGCUCGCAAUCGCAUAUUCAGAGACUUUUAAAAUUGGCUUCCUAGUACAGAACGGACUUUAACUUCUCAAAGUUCCUUCCUCACUAGGCCUUGAAUUUUGGAAUAAUUAUUACUUUAAUUUAUUAAAACUGCUUUUCUGCUGAAGAUAAUAGAAGUAAGACAAGCUGCGAAACACGCACUUAGGCAACGUCUUCUGUUUAUCGACUUAGCUAACGUUUCAGAAAUGUGCAUUGCAUCCCUGACCGACAAGCCUGUAGCAAAAAAAAUUCCAGACAUCGUCGUCAUUGUGAUAUUAGAUUUCAAAUAUGUCCCUACGUUCUCUCCUUCUAUCAGCAGUAAGGAGAAAUCUAGACUCUUCAUCGGCCCCGGUUGUUCAAAAGGUAGAUAGAGCUAUUAUUAGUUAUCCACUGAAUACUCUAUAUCAAGUGGAUAACGCAAUUGCUUGGAUUAACACGUGAUUCACUGGCGAGAGAUAAUGGAUAGCUCUCCCCACUAAACUUGUCAACGACUGGGGCCAGUCUACAAAAGCACUUGUUCUAAGAUGAUUAAAAAUUUCCCUCGUUAUAACACGAACCACCCCGUUGAUAAUUUAUGUGAGUACGUACUGGGACAAGAGCCUGCUUUUUGAAUAACGAAAUUCCCCAGUUUUGCUGACGUAUUAUCCACUUUCUACGAAAGAUUAUCACUCCUUCGAUGAAUUGGGGCGGUUCAUCAAAGGACAGCUUUCAAGGGUUUAAAAUAACUCGUAUUGAUCACAGUAUCGAGAUCAAGAGAUCAAGAGCUUUAACUAUUCUCCUGCAUCAAUGAUAAAUAUUGUAGAAGAAUACAUCCACCUGGAUUUGAACCGAGUUGAAAUUCUAAGACAGAUCCACCAAGUUUCACAAGUUUACGCUCGUCGACUGACAACACUGAGCUCAGAGGUGACAAACUGAACAGUUUGAAUAGGUAGGUUAAAGAUUGUUUAGAAAUCGACUCUAAGCUUUCGUGCACUCCUUAAACUUAAAGAUUCAUUCAUUCAUUCAUUUUUGCCAUUAACCACAUAUAAAUACAACAAUAUACAAGAAAUUUAUAAUACAUUAAAGAUAAUAUACACUAUUCUAACGAAAUUAUUUACAAAAUUAAAUUUUUAAAGUGGUAAUGGCAAGGAAGCCUAAAUAGAAGCCGGGAGCUUAUACACCAUAUGCUUCCUGCAACUAUAGGGUAAACCAUGGGGGUUUAAGGGUGCUGAAUGAAAAAUGGACUAAUUUUUAAAAGAAAAGGUAUGUAGCUCAAAUAAAUAUAUUUUACUGAGAAAAAAGGCCUAAAAACGGAGCUCUAAUGGAAAAAGCAGCAAACGCCAACCGUAACAUUUUCCUGCUAAUUCCAGUUGAGUUCCCCUUUUUCUGAGAUCGUCUGGAUUGUGGCGUCAAAACUUCCUAGAAAUACGAUGGUUGUAUCCAACAUGUUAAAGCCUCGUUAUUAAGGGGAAAACAUGUCUCGGUAAAAAAGGAUCACCCGCUUAUCUGAGCUACCUUGGGCGAGCCAACUUUUUAUACAUUUCAUUACAAAACGUGGUGUACCGUUAACAUGAGAAACAGAAACUUGGCUUGGCUAAAAGGAUGACCCGCCUUGCCGGAUCACUCUUUUAGAGUGGUAGGGUCACCCUCCUAGCCGGGUCAACUUUUCUCCAUACAGCAAUUUUGAGAAAGGUUGUCGGAAAAAGUACACGCGACGAUCCCGAAAGGUAUAUUGUGGGUGGUUUUGAGUUCACUGUUGUUCAAAAAAAUUUGGAAGAAUGGCACGAGAGGCUAUAGACGUAUGUUUUCUAAUGCUAAAGGAAAGCAACAAUGGAAGAUUCGACAGCUACAGGGUCAAGAACAGCGUAUUGAUCAUAUCCCAAAUUACCGUUCGGGAUUGUCGCGAGCACAUUUUUCUGUUAACCUUUCUCGAAAUAGCUGUAUUGACAGGUUGGCUCGCCCAGCUGGGUCGACUCUGUCAAGGCGAUAAAAUCAUGCAGAGCAUGCGUGAAAACUUUAUCCUCAUAUAAACGCUAGCUGAAGUUGACUGGACUGGGACUGUGACCCUCUCCUUCACAUACCGUAAAACGGGGUCUAAGUAACCCCAAAUUCAAUUGUUGGAAAUGUAGUACCACAACACUAUUCACUCACUUCAGAUUGUUUAAUUAAAAGUCACAGUAAAAAAGUCACACCCGUAACCGUCCCGAAAGCUGCUCUAGUCUCAAGUGAAGCGAAGAAUCUAUAUAUUGAAUACAUAUACUGUUGAAAAAUCUAAAGUUACCAAUCAUUUUGAUUGACGUCUUUGGUACUUGAUUAUCUCCAAAAUAGCUAAAUGAUCGAUAUGAUAUAUAAAAUUGUCAAGUACUAAAAUUGUCACACUCGUAAUAUUUCUAACAUUCUCCCCCCAUUUGUCUCGAAGAGAGCAAAUGUUCGUCGAUAAAUGAAGUUAUUCUCUAAAAAAACAACGAAACUAAAAUGAUUGUAUAAAAGUUCUGACUAAAAACGUUCACUUAAUUGAUAACAGCCCUAGUGGCAAGUUCUCAGAUUAACAAGGUGAUCGUUCAAAGUCUUCUUCAGCAUCGGCAGCCACAGCUGCAAUGCGGUCUCUGGCUUCUUGCGCAGCACGCCUUGUCUAUUUUGGGGUAAAUGCUUCGGCGUCAGGGUUCAGCUGGCUCUUGGAUCUCCCUGUAUCCCGAUCACAUGCCAACUCGAGGGGAUACAGCUGUUGUAAAGCUCGCUCGAGGUACGAGUUCCCGGCUCGCAGCUUUGCCGCCCUUACAACUCCAUCACGGCCAGGAGCACGGCCAACUAUGAGUUCGUAAACAAUCCCCAUCUUCCAUUUUCCUCGGUUCCUCUCGUCUUCUUUGAUCAGCAUCACGUCACCGACAGCUAUGGUAGUAGGUGCACCUGAGUGUUUAAGGAGAUGUCGCUCACAAAGUCCCUUUAAGUACUCAUCGGUACAACGCUUCCAAAUCACAUCCUUGCAGCGUUUGAGGUACCUGGCACGUUUUCGCAAGUCUGGGGUUUCUAAAUGAUGACACUCCAGCUCAGGCAGUGGAUUGGGUUGUCCGAAAAGCAAUGAAUUUGGUGUUAGUACUGGAAGUUGAAGGUCGUCCUCAACAUAGCUCAGCGGACGGUUGUUCAGCGUCACUUCUACGUCAAGUAUAACAUCCUGUAGUUCUGCCCACGUCAGCAUUCCUGAACCGAUGGUCUUGUGAAGUGCUCUUUUAACCAGUCCUAUUAACCGCUCGAAUUGACCACCCCACCAGGGAGCUCUACUUAAAUUGAACUUCCACUUGAUCCCGUUGUGCGCCAGGUAGUCGUGAAACGCCUCGUCCCUCAUGAUGGUCUUCAGUAGCCUAGCUGCACCGACGAAAGUUCUCCCAUUGUCAGAAUAGAAAGUCUCUGGGCGCCCUCGACGUGCUAUAAACCUCUUUAAACUGCUCAUGAAUUCUUUGGUCUCCAUGUUUGGUAACAACUCUAGGUAGAUCCCUUGGGUUAGGCUACAUACGUAGAGCACGAUGUACGCCUUGGCUUCGUUGUUCUUUCCCUUCCUAUACUUCAAAGGCCCGGCGAAGUCAACACCAACCACUUGAAACGCUGCCGUUCUUUAAGCCCCAAGAUCUACAUACAGAUUCUCUACACUGAUGUCCAUACAUUUCUUUUAAGAAUAGUGGAGAGAAUUUGGUUGAAGAUCAAAGUAUUCUCCCUUUGGUAAUCAAUUUAGUAAUUCUCAUAACCUUUACGCGAUGAUCUGCUGAUGCUGUUGGGAGAAAAUUUAUGUUGGUCACUCUUGGGACCUAAAAGAUUAAAAAAAACGUCCCUAGGAGAGACAGCCGUAUUCGCAGGCUAGCUAAGUUCGAAAUGUCAGCUUUUGAAUCUUUUUUUUUUUCGGUGAUAAAUUUAUUUUGAUAGCUCAGUUAAUAAAAUCAAAUUUUGUGUUUGACUCCCCACCGACACCGCGCCACAGUUCCUUUUGAUGCAACUAAGGGCGCGUUCCACUGGGAUGACCCGGAACAGGCUCAGUAAUCGGAUCGAUCGGAUUAUAGCACAUCAAAGGAGACGAUAAAUUAAUCCUUUUGAAAGACUUUCAUUGGUUCAUUUGAUUUACCAUGAUCCGAGUAACCUCGGAUCACUGAUUCUAAUCCGAAUCAUCCCAAAGGAACGCACCCUAAACCCUUCGUGACAAUAUUUGGGCGCCACUUUUUGAGUUUAAAACCGGUCGUGACUUGCUGGUAUGCUUUUUCCGCGCUUUUCGCCGAGGACACGUCCUUGGUUUAAUAUCUGAUUGGUUCAUUUGAUUAUCUUCUGUAACUGUGAUUGGCGAGACAAAGUUCAGUCGAAGCGUCCCUAAACCCGACACCUGCGGGCCUACGGUAAUGUUCUAUUGAAUGAAGAGUUCAAGCGGCUGUAAGUGGAGUGGCCGUAAAGCAAUUAGUUUCGACCGAAAUCUGGUUUUGAUUUUAAGAUAUUCGAUUGAAAAAUGCUCUGUCUUCCUAGCUUUGUUCUUCUUGUUGUUGAAUAUGUUUUGACGAAAUGAAUGUUGCUGUGAUUUGCAGUUUUCAAUGGAGAAUUAUCGCGGUUUGAUACAGGACAUGAGUCCACAGGACCGAGAGGCUAGUCGGCCAAAACAGUUUUUUUUGUUGUUGUGUCAAAUAACAAUAUUAGUGUGUGUAAAGAAAUGGUGACGAGUGAAAUUAUAAGGAUUUUGACAAAAUGCAGGUGAAAUCAUUUCUUGAUUUCACCAGUGUAUGACCUGUUUAUGUCAUGGGUGACAAUAACGCUUAUCGUGAGUUUUCACUUUUUCGUAUCGAAAACUCCAAGUACUGAAAAGUUUAAAACAUACAUUAAAUAUUCAAAAUUUUCAGAAUUUUUUCCUAAAAUACCCGCUAGAAUCCUUGUUGAUAAAAUUUGUUCUCUUUGGUGUGUUUAGGUACUCCUUAUUGUCUUUAAAUGUUCUGACAUCUCCAUUUGUGCUAUCUUGAAACCUUGACGCCAUCUGGUACAAACGUAACAUUGUCUUAGCAAUUUUGCCGUAAUUUCACAUGUGGAUUCAACGCUGAAAUUUUGCGCAAGAAUUCAGGAGCAAUUUGUCACCCAUGACUUUAUUUUCACUAUUAUACGCUUGUUCCCUUUUCAGAUUUUUAAUUUUGACGUGGAAAAAAUUGAGUGGGAAAACUAUCUUAAGCGGUUUACCAUCGGCCUCAAGACGUUUCUGUUGAAAGAAGAUCUGGCUAAUCUUCCAGUGGCACAUAGUCGGAUCCGCAAGUAAGUGGUCAAAUAACUGUUACCUUUCGUUUUGCAAGCGAGUGGUUCCAGAAAGUAUGCAUUCAUUCUUACUUUCUGCAUAGGGCCAGUAAAGGUGGAUUUCCACCGUCGCGUAAUUUUUACAUGCGUACAUGUUACGCGUGUAAAUAAAAUAGAGGCAAUGUACGGAAUGUCCCGCGUAAACGUAAGAGUUGAUCUUCGCUCAAGUUUACACUCGGUUUUUCAUACAUUGCCUCUAUUUAAUUUACGCACGUAAAAUUACGCGACAGUUGAAAUCCCCUCUUAUUCUAGAUAUAGCGCGUACACUUAACGGCUUAUCUCAUCACGACUGUCAUUAAAUCCAGAAACAUUCAUCCCCUUUGCUGGCUAAACGAUAGUGACGUCAGAUUUUACUUACAUGAUUUAUCUGACAAAAAACGUGAUCUAAUCUGCGCAUAAAGUCAAGAGCUGCUGAUAUGAGCAAAGAGCACUCUUUUACUAAAGCACUUUUCCUAUGUUGUUUUCCAGACUGCGUAACAUUCGUUGGACGAUGUACUUUUGUUUGUUUCUGUUCGUUUCGUGGCUCAUAAUUAAAAGGUUCCCAGCCGCACAGACCGCUUGGACCCAGUGCUUAUCUGGGGUCCACAAGCUGGCCCGGGCCCUGGAGCCAUUCAAGCUGUCUAACUAGAAGCCUUGACUUUUGAGGUCUUCCUAGGGGUGGGCUCUAAAAGUUCCGGUGUGGUAUUACACACAAAACUAUUUUUGUGUAAGUAAUGAAAACAGAGAUAAAUUUCGUCGUACAUUAUCAAGGAGUUCCCAGCAGUACAGACCGUUUGGCUCCGGUGCAUAUUUGUUGUGCCUAGGCUGGCCCUCGGCCUUGAGCCGUUAAUGGUGUCCAAUUAGGGGCCAUUCGCCACGAACUAUCAAGGUCCUUUCAGGGGUCAAAAGAGUGAUAUUGGUCAGAAUUUGAAAAACAGUAAUCAUAAAUUACUUUAGAAAGUUAAUUAAGAAAACAAUCAGCAAAUCUCAUGAUGAAUAAGAAAUGAAAAGUAGGUUUAGGUUGAUCAGUUAUAGUCGUUUGUCAGAUUGUUUAUUUAUCGUUGUAAAAACACUAAAAUCAUUCAUACCAAGAGAUCAUAAUUGGACCAAUCAUAAUCUGUUGUUUAUACUCUGAACAUGGAAGCAUGCUUAUGAUGAUUGCCCUUAGAAUACAAGGAUAAUUUAGCUUGAAAAGUAGGGAUAACAAAGAAAAUCAGGUUACUGUAUGUCUUGACAUUGAACAUUUGGGAAGUUUGCAGUGGUGCACUCGCAACAUUUAAAUCGAUAUUUUUUAUAACUGAAUGAAAAGAAACAUGUUUUAAUCAUAAAAAAUGAAUAAUUAUUAAGUGAUAUGUCCUUGGGAUUUCCUUACUAGUUAGAAAAUUGAAAAAAAUAGCAGAUUAAGGGAACGAAAAGGUAAAGAACGUGUCCUCCUUCCUUUCACACACCCUUCGCGCGGCGCUGUUUGCUAAGUUCCGUCCAUUUCUUUAUUUGCUUAUUGCAAACUUUCAUGACUGGUUCUCCGCUUAUUUGCCCAUCUAUUUAAACUCUUGGCCCUUUAGGUAAACAGCAUGUAACUUAAAAUAUCUCUUCUUAAUGUAAUGUAAAGGUUAUGAGGACAAAGGAUGAUAUCCAAAGUAAAAAAGGUCUUGGUCGUUAAAAAAAAAGAAAUAGAAAAAUUUCCGUAGAAAGUUUAUUGAACACGGUUUGCAGUAAGUGCAUGCCGCGAUAAGUGUUUAUACGAUUACGGGGGAAUUAACGUUAGUUUAAUCUUUUUUGAAAUGUUUUGUAUGUCUUUAGUUUAUACGAUAUCGUUUUACCCACCGUACUGUUAUUCCGCAUUGUAUGAUCAGAUCAUUUCAUAAGAUAGUAACUUUAAUAUAUAAACACCAAAAAAGUAGACCGUGCUGCAUAGAAGAAAAUUUCUUGUAAGAAGACAGAAUUGCGGUCAUCAUUGUUUAAGAUUAGGUUAACAAAUAAUAAACAUGUAAACGGCAGAAUUGUAAUUCUGGUGAGUGAAUGAUGGUUUUGGGUUGAUGUUUGUUUGUUUUUUCGUUUGGUCUGUUUGUUUGUGUGUUUGUUUUUUUUAUCAGAUUGCUCGCUUUUGUUAUAGACGCGCACUUCCUCGGAGGAUACCGAAAAUACGAAAAUAGCCAAACAGGGAUUAAUUAGGCUUACCACGGGUAGCCCGAGCUCGAAAUAUGAGCAUCGGCGAGCAUUGGCAUUGUUGCAUAGCAUUCUGUAUAAGGAAAUAUAUGGGGAAAACCUAUCGUUUCUGUAGCCUACGAAGAUGAAAGGAUUUCAACAAAAAACAGCUUACCUUACAUAAAAUGUGUGUUACAUCUCUCCUGUGUUGUCCAUGGGCCAAUUAAUGGCCGUUUUAGGGGUUGCACUGUAAACGGAUUUCUCUGUAUAUUUAUAAACCGUUUACAGUACAACCUAUAAAUCGGCCCAUGGACCACACAGGAGAGAUGAAACACUUUUUAUGUAAGGUAAGCUGUCUUUUAUUGAAACCCUUUCGUUUUCGUAGGUUUCAGAAACGAUAGGUUUUUCUCCAUACAAAUCCUUAUAUUUAGAAUGUUAUGCAACAAUGCCGAUGCUUGGGCUACCUGUUAGUCUGCUACACAGCCGUUUUUAGAGUCGUCACGCAACGCUCCUCCCCAUUGUGGGGAGGAGCGUUGCGUGACGACACUAAAAACGGCUGUGUAGCAGACUAGCAACCUGUGGGCUUAGAAAAAACAAUUACAGGGCUUUCAUUUGCAGAAUAGGCGAUUUUAAGGCUUAAAAACAGAUACAAAUGCGUCGGUUCUACGCAUAUAUUGCAAGUGAGUGCACCCUAUAUAGUCUGACCCCUGUCACUCUCUUCAGUACUAUGGAGAGACUGACAGGGGUCACACAAAAACAGCCAAAAAAACCGACUACAUCGAUGAAUUCACACCAAAAAAAACACAGAAAGACAUCAAAGUUAAGUCUCCUUUAUUUAUUUUAUAGCAAAAAGUGAAAAGACUGAUAUUUGGCCUUCGCAGACCUCAGUAUUUUAUUUCUGAUACAAAGUCUCAACGGUCGCUUAAAACGCGACACCGACUCUCUUGAAAGAAAGUUAAAUUUGCAUAACGCACUCAUAACGUGAGCUUGGGAUGCCUGUGAUGAAUCCUUGUCUAGGAUAGAUUCAUCGGUUCAUUUAGAAAAAAGUUAUGGUGGGGGUUGGGAAUUUUUUGAGCCACAGGAAUUUUUUUCGGUAUCAAAUUCCUUGUGUGAAUUGUUUUUAGGCCGUGGCAUGAAUAUCUUUUAGGGUUAAUUUUCGUGCAUGAAUUUUUUUUCCUUUAAUUUUGCCUUGCGCGAAUAUAUUUUUUUUUUACUUCGCCCGCCCCCCCCCCGUUAUAAGUUUUCUAAUGGUCCGUCCCUUAAUCUACCAUUAUCCGAGUGAUCUCGGAUCUCUGAUCCUGUUGCGGAUCAUCCCCUGGGAUCAUCUCAAAGGAACGCACCCCAAGUAAGUCUAAUGAAUUACUACUUGCCUUCUUCCUGUCUUCCUUUUUAGCGUUUUUUUUCCGUAACAAUGUUAUUGCAAUUAGGUGUAAGUCCUGGUGCUCUUUAUAUUAUUUGAAAAUAAGAAUUCAUUCGCAUGCGUAUGAACUGGUUUUUAUAUGUUGCGCUGCGCACAAGGCAUCGCUUUAAAAGAAGGUUUAGCAUGCUCUGAAACUGUUUCAGUUUCAGUUUAGUUUCAAUCUAUUUUUUUUUUGCCAGAAAAAAUACAUCUGCAUACAGACAUUCAAUAUAUUACAAAAAUGUUAUUUAAAGAUUAAAUAGACGUAAAUUGCAAGUAAAAGAAUUUUUUAAAAAUGUUCUGGCGAGGAAGCUCAAAUGGAAACCUUGGGGCUUAUUAUAUGAGCUCCCUCCCUAACCUAAGACUAAACAGAAUGAAUAAAUAAACGGCAAAGUCAACUCAUACUGAAAUAUAAUUAGGAUAAAAAGGAAGCAAAACAAAACGGAAAAAACAGACAAAAAGCAGCAAAAAACAAGUAUUAUUUACAAAUGGUUAAUCAACUGAGAAGAAAUGCUUUUAAUCUGGAUUUAAAAAGAGAGAGAGUGGCAGCAAAAACGAACGUAAAGCAUUUUUCUCUUUAAUUCUCAUCUCGUAAGUAUAUGGUACAAACUGACCCAGACAUAAUUUAGCCCAUUUUUUGAACAUGUGUAUAACUGUUAAGACUUCCUGGCUGCGAUGAGACAUUGAUAGUACAUAAAUAAAAAACCUUUUUUAAUCAAUUUGAAUCUUUGUUUAACAGAUGUAUCGAUCAAGACUCGGUUAAUAAACUUUGUAUCACUGAUCAUGACAGUUUAGCUCAUUUUCUGAAAACCAGACAAUUGUGCUAUUUGUUUUGCUAAUUGCAGGGCAGCAAAAGAUUGCCAAUAGCUCUGUCGUCUAAUAAAAUAAAAAUACAGCCCACAUAUCCAAUUGGUUUUUGACAUGAUGCAGCUAUCACAUGAGGAAAACAGGUAUAUUAAAAAAGGUUCGCUUGAACGUAGUUGCUUCGGAGAAAAGUCAUGGUAAUGACAAACUACCAAGCAAUUAGAAAACUGUAUUGUUCUGCAAAAUUCACUGGAGAGUCGAGGAGAGGUACAUGGCGAGUUAAUUUUUCUCUCAGACAAAAAAAGGACAGCUAAAUAUGGUGGUGAAUGAUGGUGCAAGUUCCGUGUUAAUAUUUUGGGUUCACUAUACUCAAUCGAAACGAGCGUCACCAUAGCGUUUUUAAUUUUAAAUAUUUUACCUUUCAUAUAACAGAUCCGAAUUGGACGCCCCUGGGGAGAUGAUGUGAACGAGGGAAAUAAAUUUAAAAAGCAAUUUAAAUGAAGAUAUAAUCUUGACGUAGUAAAAUAGCAAUUUAAGCAAUUGCAAAUAAACCGCCCAAAAUGUUAAAGUUAUAGCCCACAAAAUUUGACAUGUUUGGGGAUAUACUGGUUAAGACUUCCUCUUCUAAAGAAAGUGUGGCCAAUUUAGUGCUGGUAUCCAUGUGAACGUCAGUCAAAGUUGAAGAAAACCGGCACAAGCAAUUUGAAGCUACAAAACACAGAAACACUUUAAUAUAAGCCCCACCAGUAACAGGCUCGCCAAUAUAUUCUCCCCUCUAACUUGCAUUGAAAUGAAUUUGAUUUAUUAUGAUAUUUUGAAGCUUUUACCAUAACAUAACAUAACUUUAUUAUUUAUAUAGCGCAAAAUACAUUGGUAUGAUCUAAUGCGCUUUAAGGUCGGUACACACUAGGCGACAAGUUGCUGCAACACGUCGCGGCGACAAAUUACUCCGUGUGUACAGAUCGGGCGACUAGUUGCAGCAACAAGGUGUGGCGACACGUCGCAGCGACAAAUCGCUUCGUGUGUACUGGAGAAUCUUUGUGAAAAUAUUUGUCUCCGCAACAGAAUUUUGUCGCUGCAACAAGUCGCAAAAAAUCAAAUCAGACUGAAUCUGUGCGACUUGUUGCGGCGACAAAUUCUGUUGCAGCGACAAAGAUUUUCACAAAAAUUCUCCAGUACAUACGAAGCGAUUUGUCGCUGCAACAUGUCGCCGCGACAUGUUGCUGCAACCUGUCGCCUAGUGUGUACCGACCUUUACAUUACAAUGAUUGUAAUACUACAAUGAAAUGGAUAAAAAAUUACAGCUUUCCUAAAUAGUUAAUAAAUGGAUACUAGAUAAAAAUAUUAUAUAUGCGUGCAAAAAAUCUAUGUUAAAAUAUUAUAGGUUAUAAGCUAAAAGCUAAUUUAAAAUAAUGAGUUUUUAACCGUGCCAGUAACUGCAAAACAUAUUCAAAUCAGCACUGCGUUAGCUUGAAUUCUUUCGAACAGCUUUUUCCAAUUCCGUUAUAAUCCCCCUCAAAAGAUGUAUAAUCCCAGGGCUUUUAAGCCGCAGUUUACGGCACCGCAUAUCAUAUGUUUGGCUCACAAACUUAACACCUCCGUUGAGCAAAAUCUUCUCGUUCUUGCUCUCGCGAUGUUUACUAAAACUGCUGAUUGCUCUCAAUUAAUCGUCGAAUUCAGUUCUUUUUUUCAUGAUUUUUAUAUGAUAAAAACAGGUUACAUUCUAAUUUCCUAAGCUCGAACGAACGUUUUAUUUUCUUUAAUUCUUACCUCGUAAAUGGCCCAGACUUUCGAGCCCAUUAUUUAAACAUUUCUACAUUGUUACUGAGACCUCACAGCUGCCUGCGAUGACAUUAUGAGCGCGUCAGUUUAACUUCUAGCAAUUGACGAAAACCGUUUUUUACUCAAUUUGAAUAUAUGCUUAACAGAAAUAUCGAUCAAGACUUGGUUAAUAGACUUUUAUUACUAACAGUUUAACUCGUUUUCUAAGAGCCAGGCAAUUGUGCUAUUUGCUCGCUAAUCGCACCGCAACACAAAGGCAACACCAAGAUUGUCGAAUUCUAUCGUUUAAUAAACUGAAAAUACAGAGCAAAUAUUUAAUUGUUUGCUGACAAGGUGCAUGUAGCAGUCAUAUAAGGAGGACAGAUAUAUUAAAAAGAGUUCAGUUGACUGUAGCCGCAUCUCAGAAAAGUCAUGGAAAUGAAAAAUCUGACUGGAGGUGAAAACCUGCAAACAAUUGCAGAACUUGACUGCUCUGAGGAAUUUACUCGAGAGGUACAUGGCGAGCUCGUUUUUCUCUCUGUCAUUAACACUUUUUUGUCAAUUACAGCAUUUUUGGGGAAUACUCUGAUCCUAGUUGCCCUUCGCAAGGACACAUCAAUUCAUCCGUCAUCAAAACUCUUGUAUCGUAACCUAGCGAUAACCGAUCUUUGCGUUGGUAUCAUUCUCGAGCCUCUAAGCGUUGCAUAUUGGACAUCCGUGGUGAACGAAAGAUGGGAUAUUUGCCAUUACGCAGAUUUGAUAUCAUAUUUCGCAGGUGUUACGUUGUGUUCAAUGUCGUUGAUAACACUGACUGCAAUAAGCGUGGACAGACUUCUCGCUUUGCUACUGGGUCUCAGAUACAGACAAGUUGUAACUUUGAAAAGGACACGUUUAAUUGCUAUUGGUGGUUGGAUUGUGUCUAUUUUCGGUGCAUCUAGCUUCUUUCUGAAUAGUUUUAUAGUUUCAUUGUACGUGUAUAUUGUUACAGCUUUUUGUUUAGUCACUACAAUCUGUGCCUACACAAAAAUCUUCAUGUCUCUGCGUCAUAACCAAAUUCAUGGUCAGAACCAUGUUGUUCAAGGGCAAUCGAGCCAAGUAAAUACACUGAAUAAAGCUCGAUACAGAAAGGCAGUGUACAGUGCACUGUGGGUGCAGGUAACAUUGGUUAUUUGUUAUCUGCCGUACGUUAUAGCUGAAGCUUUAACGCCUCAAAGGGAGAUGCCUUUAUCUACUUACCUUGCUUUGCAAUUUACAGGUACUUUAGUGCAUUUAAACUCGUCGUUAAAUCCGUUUCUGUACUGUUGGAAGAUCACAGAAGUGAGACAAGCUGUGAAAGAAACAUUACAACAACUACACUUCUGUACCUGA